GAUGCGCGUUGGAUCGUCCUUGUGUGUGAACAUUACUUUUGUUUUUCCACGUGCUUUCAUAUAAAGCUGUUUUCAUAUCAAGGUUUAUUAUUUUACCAAAACAGUUGGUAUUUGCGCACUUGCUUUUUUUUUUUAAAUAUUGAACUCGAUACUGCCUUACUUGAAAUGUGCAAUUUAUUAGGUACACACUAUCGAUAACUAGAUAUCCUGCCCAUAAAACCAUAUUCGCUGUAAUCGAAAGCGCCCGUUUUCAGGGCAGGGCCGAAAGCGAACCAAAUGAUCUGCACAUGCAGCGCGGUGUGCGCAGUGUCUUACCAACCAGGCUAAGUGAAAGAUUUCGUCACGCGGACGAAGCGCGUCGCACUAUCGGGGUGAACUAUCGCUGCAAGGCUAGAGGCGAGCAUGCGCCCGUGAAAUCCGUAGUGAGAACGGACGCCGGACGCCACCGAAUAAAGCUCGGCGCGAUAAUACAUCCCUUCUUGGGUGUGGCCAUUUGACUGCAGGGCGUUUCAGUGGUUGUGGCUCUGUGCGGGGAUUCCUCAGUUAAAUGAGUGUGCAAGGAACAGAUGUCCCAGGCCCCGACGUCGUCGUCGCGGCAACAUCAACGACUUCGAAGCCAAAUCGGAAGCCAGACAUAGAUGACGCUCGGAACGUCCAGCAGAGCGUCAGUCGGACGACGUCGUCACACGUCUACGACGCGGCUGAAGAGCGGCAUCUGCAAGAACUCGCACUGCAAUUUUCCGAGUCUUCUCCAGCUGCCGAGCUUCCACCGACUGCGUCGAAGCUUGCGGAUUCUGCUGAGGACACAGGCACCGCUGAAGAGAGUUCCAAGGAACAAACACUUAGGGCACCCCCAUUGCAAAUUGCUCCCGCCGAACAAACACCAGAACGGGCUUCCCCUAAUGUCCAGGAUGGUUCCAGAUUCACGGCAGCGCCUUCUGUGACACCCAUUACUGUUCGCUUGAUCGAGGAGCCAGGGGCCAAACUUCAGGCUCCCGUUACGACACCUGUGACGUCACUCACAUCGUCUGUUCUGGCCACCGUGUCUUCACUUUUCGGGGCCCCAAUCCUGUUGACUGCUACACCACCUCUGCCUUGCUUGGGUUCGCAUGGGAUAGUGCCACAGCUACAGAACAUCGUGGCCACGGUAAACCUCUGCUGCCCGCUCGACCUUCGCCAGAUCGCUUUGCGGGCUCGCAACGCCGAGUACAACCCGCGCAGGUUCGCCGCCGUGAUUAUGCGCAUACGGGAGCCCCGCACCACGGCGCUGCUGUUCCGAUCCGGGAAAAUUGUCUGCACCGGGGCGAGAAGUGAACUUCAGGCCAGGAUAGCAGCGAGGAAAUUUGCACGCAUCGCGCAAAAGCUGGGCUACAACUGCUCAAGUUCAAGGAAACACAGGCUCAAACAUGACAGCGCUGCGUCAUGUUUCCUUAAGUGUAUCGGUGUGCUUGAGUGCUGCACGAUCGAUUUAUCACCAUCAAGUCCGUGCAACUUCUCCACAUGAAAGAAGCGAAGUUCAACGACUUCAAGGUUCAGAACAUCGUGGCCAGCUGCGACGUUGGCUUUUCCAUCAAGCUCGAAAGCCUAGCUCUCAAC